AGACUGAUACCUUUAUGUUGACUCCUACUGAUGAGGAAAGUGACCACCAGCUCCUCUCUCACAACUCUCAUGUAGCUGAGAGCCAAGAUCAGAAAGGAGGCAAGCAUGGAGACUCAGGCUCAACUAGAACUGCAGAGCCAAAUCAACAGAGUCUACAUCACGAAAGCACAAGUCACAGUAACAAUGUAGACAACCCUAACCUGUCAGAGAUGCACUGUGAAACUCACACAGGUAAACAGCCUUUAAAAUGUGACACAUGUGGGAAACACUUUAAGAUUAAAUCAAAACUAGAGAUGCAUAUGAGAACCCACACAGGGGAGAAGCCAUAUUCUUGCAAAACAUGUGGAAAAUCUUUUAGAUUUCGUAGUAACUUGACACGCCACACGAGAACCCACACAGGUGAGAAUCCACAUUCUUGCAAAACAUGUGGGAAAGGAUUUCCUUAUAAAUCAGCAUUGAACACUCAUCUAAGAAUCCACACAAAUGAGAAGCCAUAUUCUUGCAAAACAUGUGGGAAAGCUUUCAGAAUUAAUAGUCACCUGACAAUCCACACAAGAACUCACACAGGUGAGAAGCCAUAUUCUUGCAAAACAUGUGGGAAAAGAUUUAUUACGAAAUCACUAUUGGACUCUCAUAUAAGAAUCCACACAGGUGAGAAGCCGUUUGCAUGCAAAACAUGUGGGAAAGCUUUCAGAAAUAAUAGUCACUUGACAAUCCACACGAGAACUCACACAGGUGAGAAGCCAUAUUCUUGCAAAGCAUGUGGGAAAAGAUUUAUUACGAAAUCACUAUUGGACUCUCAUAUAAGAAUCCACACAGGUGAGAAGCCGUUUGCAUGCAAAACAUGUGGGAAAGCUUUCAGAAAUAAUAGUCACUUGACAAUCCACACGAGAACUCACACAGGCGAGAAGCCAUAUUCUUGCAAAACAUGUGGGAAAACAUUUACUCAGAAAUCAACAUUGAUCUAUCAUAUAAGAACCCACACAGGUGAGAAGCCAUAUUAUUGUAAAACAUGCAAAAAGAAAUUCCAGUGUAAUGAUACCUUGAAAGCCCACAUGAGAACACACAUGGGGGAAAAGCUGCAUCACUGCAGCACAGAGGGUCCAGAGAUUAAAGAGUAACAGGAGGAACUAAAAGGAGUUUGACACUCUUGACUUCAGGGUUACACUCUGUAAUAAGUGUUGGAUCACACACUAUUUCUACACACUACCUCAGCAAUGAGCUCACUGAGGUUAUUUCUUCGUUAGAGGAAGAUUGUCCGUCUAUUUUGGGUUAUUGGACUGCAAUGGGAUAGUGCUUGAUCACCUGAACAUACAGGUGUAAAUACAGCUGUGAUGGAGGACAUUGCUGGUGGGUUGCUGGGCUUCAGAAGCUUGUGUGUAAUGCAUACUGGUACAUGCAGGCAGUCAUAUCACACAUGUUUGUUACCAAGGUAGAAUGGUGCAUCACAUUUUACAGUUUGUAAAUAAUGAAUGUGUGUAUACAUUGUCUUGAAGAGAUGCUGUCAAGUAAUUUCUUUCUAAAUGCCGCAAACAAAUUUAGAUAAAAAAAAAACAUUUAUAACAAUUAAAUGUUAACUUUCAUUAAUAUUUUCUUAUUUGUUUUUACAGUUUUU